GCCGCUAUAGCAGGAUUACACAGCUCCGCCGCACUGAGGACUGUCAGCAAAAUGCCUGUGUCACGUCUGAGGAUGAGACCUUGGCUCGAAGAGCAGAUUGAAUCCAAUAAAAUCCCUGGCCUGACAUGGAUAAACAAGGAAGAAGGCAUUUUCCAGAUUCCCUGGAAGCACGCCGCACGUCAUGGUUGGGAUAUUGAGAAAGAUGCAUGUCUUUUCCGUAGCUGGGCUAUUCAUACUGGAAAGUUUAAAGUUGGUGAAAAGGAGCCAGAUCCAAAGACCUGGAAAGCUAACUUCCGCUGUGCAAUGAAUUCUUUACCUGAUAUUAAUGAAGUGAGGGAUAGAAGUAUAUAUAAAGGUUCCAGCGCUGUCAGAGUCUACAAGAUGCUGCCCGUUCAGGUCAAGACAGAUAAAAAAGAACGCAAAUCCAAAUGUUUAAAGGAGUCCAAGAAAAGACAAAAGAAAAAGACCGAAAGCUCAUCUGCAGAGGAGUUGGAAGAAGCUGUGAAGAGCUGUCAACUCCCUGACGACCAUAGCAGCUACACAGCAAAUUUAUAUUCAACACAGGAAAUCGACAUCACCAGUACAGAUUUCUUGGACUUGAAUGAAUGUGAAGUUACCAGCAGUGGGUCUGAAUGGAAAGAUCCAAUUGAUGUGCCUAUGCCUGAUAGCACAGAUGAUAUGUACUCUACUCUACAGGUGUCACCCAUGGGCUCUGAAGAGUAUGAUGAUGAUGAUGAUAGAGCUGCUGAAGAGAUUUACAAGAUGUUAGAACCUAUAGUUUGGCAACAGGCGAACCUGGACGGCAAAGGAUAUUUAUCCAGUGAACCUGGAAGUCAAACUUCUUUUCUACAAGAGUAUAAUCCCUUAUAUGAUGCCGUCAGAUUAUCAGAGUUUGAACUCCGAGUUACUACAGAAAUGAAAUCGGGAUAUGAUUUCAACUUGCAUGAAUUGACAUCAGCCAUUAUGUGCUAAUAGUGAGCAUUACCAAGCUUCAUCAUGAACUGUACAAUGUGGUCCUGAUGUUUAGGUGUGUAUUGCCUUCACAAAAGAGCCAUAGACAGUGGUUCUUCUAUCAGGCCGACGGAACUACAUUAUGGCUCCUGAAACCUGGAAGUGCAGAUGAGCACAGAUCGGUGUUUGAAUCGUAUAGGCAUGUCUGCCAAAGCAAGAUUAGAGCUGCCAAGUAACAUUCCUGGCAAAGAGAUGUAACUGUGAACAGAAGUAGCAACUACAAUACCACUAUUCCAUUAAUGCAAUGUUCACUUCAUAGCCAGUGUGGAAAUUACAAUGUAUCUGCCUUCAAACCUUGCAGUCACAACAUGUCUUUGAACGCUUCUAGCCAUGUAGUACACAAGGGAUCCUCGCUAGCCACAGUGAAUUGUAAAGGACUCGGGUGAAGAUUGAAGAACGGCUUAUGAUUGCUCAUAAGGUGACUCCUAGAGGAACAGCUCUUUGACAGUCAUUCAAAGCUAUGUACCCAUACUGUAUGUUACAUAGUAAAUCCUAAACCAGAUGUUGUUAAAAUCAAUUAUUUUUAACAUAACUUAAAGGCAUAUUAAAAGAUCACCAUAUGUACAUGUUCUUAUAGUUGGACUAGAGCCACAAUGCAUCCACAUAUUGGAUCAGGUUUACCAAUACUGUCUAAGAUUAACGUCACGGCUACACUGCGAUACUGCUGGAUUUCUUGCGACUGGUGCAGCGAUCCCAUUCUUUUCUAUGGGAUCACUGCUACUCUGCAAUCCUGGUUGCGACCAGUGUAGAUGGACCCUUAGUGUGAACUUAGCCUAGAUAGCCACUGUGUUCAUUAUGGUGCAUUUUUAGACUAUCACAUUUACAUUGAAAGCGGAUAAAGAUGCUGGCUUGUACAUUCUUAAUAAAUGCCUGUGAAGCACCACUGUUAUAUCCUACUUGUAUCCUGAAAAGGAGAGCAUGGCCAACAGACUUCUAAACUGGACACAAAUGAGGAAAUCAUUUGAACGUGAACGUGACGGUGUCAAAACCUAGCUGUUAUAAGUGUAUAUUUAUACAUUUAGUUUUCUGGAUAUAAUGACUAUUGACUAAGAAGGAUCAUUUAGGUGUUUGAAGGAAUUGUAAAUAGCAGCGGUAACUCAGAAAGCAUUUUAUUGUCCCUUUUUGUAAAUUCAUCAUGCUCUUACUCAAUGUCAAUUUUCAUGCUUGCUCCGGGUGUUUUUGUGAAAAUGCAUUGACAUGUGAUCACAUAGGCCAGUGCUCAGCAAUCGCCAGCCCUCCAGCUGUUGUGAACCUACACCACAUGCUCCAUUCAUUUCUGUUGUAAGUCAAGAACAGCUGAACAUGUUUGCAUGCUGGGGAUUGUAGUUUCACAAUGGCUGGAGUGCCGG